CCUCUAUUCUAGUAUGGUGUCUGUUAUUGGCCUUGGGUUUCUAAGAGGAGCUAAUGAUCAUUCCGACCAUUUUUGUACGCAUUGUAAAAAAGAAAGAAUGCAUGCAACGCCAACUAAAGUAUUCUUGUGUGACUUGGUUAUCAACUCACCUUUUAUAUCAAUCAAACAUUGUGUUAUCACUUCGCGCUUUAUGGAUGGCAACAUAAUAGCUUUAAUAACUGUUACAUCUCCAAAUGGCAUUAAUAUGAAUCUUGAUUUUAUAAGAGAUGGGGAAACGGCCAUUAUGUACCCAGCAUGUGUACUAACAUUUGUCUCAUCCCAUAUCAAUUUAUUCUAUAUACAAGCAUACGACAAAGAUCGUAAUGUAGAGUAUGAAGAAAAAUACCUUGUGCCUCUAUAUCCAGAUUGUCCCGCGAAACCAAAGUUGAUGAUGUCAAUUACAGGUAGAAGCAUUGGUUGGGGUCGUCAGUCAACAGUUUACCUAGCAAAUGUUGAGAGCAGGUUAAGGAAGCAAUUGGCAUGCAAACGCCAUAACACACCAAUCAGCGAUUCCGCACGAUGUACAUUACAGACUGAACUUAAAAUUUUAAGGACUAAUAAACAUGCAAAUGUUUUGUCGAUCAUCAGUGAUUUUGUAUUGGAAAAUAAUACGUACACGUUUAUGCCAUUAUACCUGGGGGGAAAUCUUGGAGAGUUUAUUAAAUCUACAAGCAUCAUUCCCGAAGAAACCAUUUUCUUUAUAUUCUACCAACUUUCCUCAGGCUUAGAAUAUUUGCAUCAAAAGGGGAUUAUCCAUUGCGGUAACCAUUCACGGAGUCCUCGAGUAUUAAUAUCAGACUUUGGAUUGUCCAAGUACAGCGAAGAAAAAAAUGAAUGGCCAGAUAAUUAUGGAACUCCUGCGUAUCAUGCACCAGAGAUUCUCAAUAACGAGUUUUUUACAGAAAAAGUGGAUGUCUGGGCUUUGGGGAUCGUACUUUUCCAGAUGAUGACCAAACAGCACCCUUUUUAUCACCCCUCUCGCAUGGAUACGGAGGACAAAAUUUUAAAUGAGGCGCCUGAUUUAAGUUUACUUCAAGAUGACACCUCUGAGGAAGCAAAGAGAUCGAUAAACCACUUGCUUCACAAAGACUCAAAGUUGCGAUAUCUGCCGAUUAAAAAAGAUCUCACAAAAUGGGCCAUUACGCGUUGCGGUAAUUCUUUCUUUUCCGAGCUUCGUGAUGUACGACAAAGUUUUGUCAAAGAAAGAGAAAUCUGGUUUGAUGGUGUGGAGGAACAACUAGAUGAUUCAGAUACAAAUUACGAUCCGGACAAUGAUAAAAAAGAGGCCCAAAAAAUUAAAAAACGUGCUCGACUUGAUGAAAGCAAUCCACGUUCUCUCUUUAAAAGAAAUCAUAGAUACACAUUCAGAAGUAUCUCUGAUAUUGCAGCAUUCAAUGAGGAAAAGUUUUUUGACCGUACGCUUUAUAAAAAGAAACUGAUUGAAGUUAUGGAUACAAAUGAAGCCAAUUAAAUCAAAAUAAGUAGAUUAUCAGUACCGAAUGAUAAUAAGAGUAAUAAAAAAACUAUUUGAUUUCAUAUUCGCUUACACAGUCCUUGUAAUAAAGCUAUUGGUAGCCUCAC